UCUCUUUUACAUAUUCGCCCGAAAGGUUCCGUCAAGCUCUGUUAAAGUGCUGCGGACGUUCAACAUGCGUUUUCUACGAUUGCUAGUGGUGCUGGCCGUGAUGGUCGCGUGCUCACGCGGACUGUCACUAUCCGACCUCCCACAUGAGAUUGAUGGAAAACACAAUGAACAUUAUGACCACGAGGUAUUCCUAGGGAAGGAUAACGCCGAGGAGUUUGAACAUCUUACGGAAGAGGAGAGCAAGCGCCGCCUGGGACUUAUCGUGGAUAAAAUAGAUAAAGACGGAGACGAGAGGGUAACAGAGGUAGAACUCACGGACUGGAUCUGGUACGUCCGCACCAGCUUUGUAGCCAACGAUACUAACCGGAUCUGGGUCCAUCUUGAUCACGAAGACGGCAAACUGUCCUGGCCGAAUUAUCUCCGUAAAACGUUUGGACAUUACGAUGAGAAUGUUGAGAGUCCCCACUCUCCCCUGUACAAUUUGAGAUCCAGAGUGAAGGAAGAACGACGUCGCUGGGAGGCCGCCGAUCUCAAUAAGGACUCUCUACUUACAAAAACGGAAUUCAUGUACUUCGUCCAUCCGGAGGAGGGGAAACACACAAAGGACGUCCUUGUUCUGGAAUAUACAGACAGACUUGAUCAAAAUAACGACGGAAAAAUUGAUGUCGAUGAAUACAUAACGGACGUGCAUGUUAACGAUAAACGGACACAAGAUGACCAGUGGAAGGAUCUACGCCGGAAGGAGUUUACUACCCGAGACAAAAACAGUAAUGGUGUAUUGGAUUUCGAGGAGAUGAAGGAGUGGAUCAGCCCCGGUAAUUAUAACCCAUCCCAGGCCGAGGCUCAUCACCUGAUCCACCACGCCGACUCCAAUAAGGAUAAUGCUCUAUCCAAGGAGGAGAUACUGGACAGCUACAACAUAUUUGUGGGAAGUCAGGCGCUGGAUUACGGGACCGUUCUAAAGAAACACGAUGAGUUCUGAUGAAUUGUUUACAGUAAGGACAUUAUCCAAUUGUACUUUCAGCCCUACACGGGGCCAAUACGCAUUUAGUUCACUUCUUGUACUUGACAAAAACGCUUGAACAUUAUUUUUACAAUACGGUAUAAUGAUUUACACUCAAUGACUUAUACAUUUGUACAGUGUAAUACCUGUCUACAAUACGGUAUAAUGAUUUACACUCAAUGACUUAUACAUUUGUACAAUGUAAUACCUGUCUACAAUACGGUGUAAUGAUUUACACUCAAUGACUUAUACAUUUGUACAGUGUAAUACCUGUCUACAAUACGGUGUAAUGAUUUACACUCACUGACAUAUACACUUGUACAGUGUAAUACCUGUCUACAAUACGGUGUAACGAUUUACACUCAAUGACAUAUACACUUGUACAGUGUAAUACCUGUCUACAAUACGGUGUAAUGAUUUACACUCAAUGAUAUAUACACUUGUACAGUGUAAUACCUGUCUACAAUACAGUGUAAUGAUUUACACUCAAUGACUUAUACAUUUGUACAGUGUAAUACCUGUCUACAAUACGGCGUAAUGAUUUACACUCACUGACAUAUACACUUGUACAGUGUAAUACCUGUCUACAAUACGGUGUUAUGAUUUACACUCAAUGGCAUAUACACUUGUACAGUGUAAUACCUGUCUACAAUACGGUGUAAUGAUUUACACUCACUGACAUAUACACUUGUACAGUGUAAUACCUGUCUACAAUACGGUGUAAUGAUUUACACUCAAUGACAUAUACACUUGUACAGUGUAAUACCUGUCUACAAUACGGUGUAAUGAUUUACACUCACUGACAUAUACACUUGUACAGUGUAAUACCUGUCUACAAUGCGGUGUAAUGAUUUACACUCACUGACUUAGACACUUGUACAGUGUAAUACCUGUCUACAAUACAGUGUAACGAUUUACACUCAAGGACAUAUAUACUUGUACAAUGUAAUACCUGUCUACAAUACGGCGUAAUGAUUUACACUCACUGACAUAUACACUUGUACAGUGUAAUACCUGUCUACAAUACGGUGUUAUGAUUUACACUCACUGACAUAUACACUUGUACAGUGUAAUACCUGUCUACAAUACGGUGUAACGAUUUACACUCAAGGACAUAUACACUUGUACAGUGUAAUACCUGUCUACAAUACGGCGUAAUGAUUUACACUCAAUGACUUAUACACUUGUACAGUGUAAUACCUGUCUACAAUAGGUGUAAUGAUUUACACUCAAGGACAUAUACACUUGUACAGUGUAAUACCUGUCUACAAUACGGUGUAAUGAUUUACACUCAAGGACAUAUACACUUGUACAGUAUAAUACCUGUCUACAAUACGGCGUAAUGAUUUACACUCUCUGACAUAUACACUUGUACAGUGUAAUACUUGACUGUAUACCCGAUGUUCCUUUACUCUGUCUUGAUAUUUUACACGUUUUACACAAAGGCUAUUUUUAACUGUAUACUUUAUGUAUAACGAUAAAUUCUACUUCAGGCCACCUGAUAUUACUUUUCAUGCCAGAAAAAACGAAAAUCUUAUUGAAACAAUAAAAUGUUACCAAAAAUGUUAAA